CAUUAUAGAUUUACACAAUAUAUAACACUAAAAUGUAAAUAUCUUUUAAAGUUUUGCGAUGGUAUUCGUUAUAUAUUUAUAAAAUAAAAAUUUAUCCGCAUAGAUGUGUGGGUGAAAAUCUAGUUGAUUUUAUGCCAAAACACAAAAUCUAUUAAAUUUUGUUUUUCUCUGUCCUCUCUCUUUCUUCAUGUUUCUUGUCUCUUUUUCACAAUCUUCUUUGGCUCUUUCUUUUUCUUAAAUGUAAGUUUCAAAUGUUUUUAAAUUUUAUUUCAAAGAAGAAAAUAAUGAACGAUUCUAAUACAAAUCAUAACUGAAUCGAAAUUAUUAUAUAAUGUUCAAGGUUAAAACAUCUCAUAGUCGGUUACUUCAUGUGUUACACGUUUGUCUUUUACCAAAUAGGUGUCAUAUUUGUAAAACCUAAUCCUAGAUUAAUGUUAAUCGUAAACAAUAAAUCAGUUUUUACUUUUUAUUAGGGUUUUCUAUUUUCUUUUUGAUUUUAUUACCUUUUUUGGAAGGGUUUAUAAAAGGGCUUUUCGUCUGUGAAACGAAUUAUCUUCUUCUUGCAUAUCUUGACUGUUUCUUUCUCCUUAGGUCAAAGCAUAACCCUAAUUUUUCUGAAAUUUCCUCUCUCUCUCCCUCUCCUAAUGCUGAAGCCCUACACUUCCCACCACAUGCCUCUGGCUAUUAGGGUUGGGUCUACCCCGGCUAAUAGGAGUUUACUCCUCCUCAAGGCAUGGAGUCAGCAAACCCGAUGGAACCGGAGUUCCCAUGAUUUGGCUCGUCGAGCUUUCUUCUCGACACUAACUAAUUCAAAGCCUACCGUGUCAUGUUCAGCGAUAGUCUCUUCUAAACCUUGCCUAGACGAUUGUCUAACGGUUUGUAGAAAUUCGCUUCAGAGUUUAUAGUGAAGGGCCAAAGCUAGAAACUCUUAUAACAUUACUUUGAACCUUUCUGUUGUUUAAAUUGAAGGUUAUAGCAGUGCCAUUCCGAGACGGACCUCUUAUUCCUGGUUUUUACAUGCCACUCUGUGUAAAGGAUCCUAAAGUACUUGCAGCUUUACAAGAGAGCAAAAGCGGAGAAACUCCAUAUGCAGGGGCUUUCCUUUUGAAGGAUGACAAAGACCCUUCAACUGGUUCUUCUGUGAUUCACCAAGUUGGCACACUUGCUCAGGUUACAUACCGCUCCUUAGCACUGUGUUUUUUUCCUCGUCUCUAUUUAGAAAUAUUUUUAACAAUUUGCCAAUUUUUCCAGAUUUUAAGUAUCCAAGGUGAGCAAGUCAUCGUCAUUGGUCGAGAACGACUUCAAAUAACUGAGAUGGUAAGUAAUGGAGAAACAUUCUUCAACGUUACCUUAAAAGUUCAUUAAAAAAGUAAGGGUUUGUCUUUUAUACAGGUGGGUAAAGACCCUCUAACUGUCAAAAUUCAUCAUCUAAAGGUGCGUUUCGUUAUUUCAAGUCUUUCCUUUCAUUAUACAAAACAUCUAUAAUCUUUUUCAUAUGUGCCAUUGUGUGUUCUUUGUUUGCAGGAUAAGCCAUAUGACAAGGACGAUGAGGUCAUCAGGUCAACAUACUUUGAGGUUAUUUCAAUGCUUAGGGAAGUUUUAAAGACAACAUCACUCUGGAGGGAGCAAGUUCAAAACUAUGCACAGGCAUGUUCUCUCCAUAUUAUGUUGGAAAAUAUCAUCCGAUAAACUAACUGCAAUCGCACAAUAAAGUACACUAGUGCCGAAGUAUCUUAGUAUAUUUCCUUUGAAUUCUAUAGGAUAAUAUAGGUAACUCUAACUAUCGAAAGUUGGCCGAGUUUUUACUACAAAAAAGAAGAAGAAAGUUAACCGAUUCUGGAGCUGGGAUCUUUGAGGCUGUUGACUUCAAUUAUCAAAAGUUAGCCGAUUUUGGAGCCGGGAUCUCUGACGCUAAAAAACAUAAAAUUCAGGAGGUUCUUGAAGAAUUAGAUGUAAAGAGUUUACCUAUUACUUUUUUAUGCUUAAAUUUCUUCAAACAGUAUGGUAUUCCAUUUUUAGUAAGCUUCUCAUAUUGGUUUCAGGUUCAUAAGCGUCUGAACUUGACUCUGGAAUUGGUUAAAAAGCAAGUGGAGAUGAACAAAAUUCAAUUGUUUCAUGCCUCCCUUUUCCCGGUGACUCAUGCUACUGGUUUUUUUUUGUAGAUGAUAUGUUUUUAUAGAGAAUGAAUCCUCAUCUCUUUACAUUCUUAUUUUAGGAAUCCACAGCAGAAGCUGAUGAAGACGAAAAGGUUUUUAGCUCGUCAAGAUUUUUUUUGUAAACGAUUAUGAUUUAUAUAGAAUGAAUUCCUCAUAUCUUUUCAUUCGUAUAUAGGAAUCCACAUCAGACACUGAUGAUGAAGACGAAAAGGUUUUAAUCUCCCCAUAAAAUUUACAUUUAUGAUGUUAUUGUAUAUCAGUGGCUAAUGAAUAUUAAAUGUCCCAAUGCAGGAGUCUGGUUCUGCUAAAAUAAACUAAACUUUCUGGUUAGUUAACUACUAUAUUGUAAAGAGAAUGAAGCUUACAAAUUCUGUUCUUUUUCUGCAGCCACGUUUAAGAAAAGGAUUGAACCUAUUAAGGAGAAAAUUCCGAAACAUGUACUAAAAGUCAUAGAAGAACAGUUUGCGAAAAUUGAUAGGAUAAUACGCAAUUACGGUAGCACCGAUGAUAUAUUUACCUACGUUGAUUGGUUGACUGCGUUGCCUUGGGGAAAAUGCAGGUUUGACAUUUUGCUUCAUACGUUCAUAGUUUAUUAGAGCAUCAGCAUUGUCGAGUCUCUUAUACAAUAAAAAUAAAAAUAGAGAAAAAGUGAUUUGAAAAUUUCUUUUACAAGAGAGAAUACUACUUCUCUAGAGACAGUUUUACAAGUGUUAAAUUUUCAAUGGUUAUUGUUAUUUAAAUAUUAAAAUUUGUGUGAGAAACUCAAUCAAACAUAAGGAUUUUAUACAACACUCUCUCUCUUUGCAGUGAUGAUAAUUUUGAUGUCCUACGAGCAGAAAAGAUUCUUGACGAGGAUCACUACGGAUUACGUGACGUAAAAGAAAGAAUACUAGAGUUUAUUGCUGUCGGAACACUUACGGGCAAUCCACAAGGUCUUGUCUUUGCCUUUUCUGGUUCACUUUCUCUUUAUAUAUAUUGUGAAACUGAACUGUUUUUUUGUGUCAAACAGGAAAGAUCAUUUGUCUCUCUGGCCCUCCUGGGGUAGGAAAAACAAGUAUUGCUCGUUCUGUCGCACGUGCUCUUGACCGCAAGUUCUUUCGGCUAGCUGUUGGAGGACUAUCUGAUAGUUCCCACAUUAAGGUAUACUAUUGUAUGAUUAAAACUGUUGGAGAAAAGACCUAAAUAGGAAAUUUCUGACUAAGUAAUAAAAUAAAAGAUUUGGGCCAAUUCACUUAGAUUACAUAAUUUCUUUUAAAGUUUUAGAUGUGGGGUCUUUUCUCCAACAAAAACACUAGAAAAGUGAAAUGUUUUAUAACAUGUCAUCAUCUAAAAUGUGUUCACUUAUAGGGGGACCGUGGAGUAUAUAUUGGUGCCACGCCCGGAAAGAUGGUGCAGUGUCUAAAGGAAGUGGGAACAGAGAAUCCUCUUGUUCUGCUCGAUGAGAUUGACAAGGUAGUUAAACUAGGACUUGAAUUGGAUUUUUCGAACGUAUUAACUUUUGAUAUUAUUUACAACAAUUGUCAAUUGGUUCUUUGGCAGCUUGGAAAGAAAAGGAGUAGAGAUCCAGAGGGUGCGUUGUUGGAGCUUCUGGAUCCACAGCAAAAUUCACAUUUUCUAGAUUACUUUCUUGAUGUUACUAUCGACUUGUCAAAGGUAAUUUUCUUUUUCUUAUUCACCAUUAUUUUUACUUUCAUUUUCAAGUUUCUAAUCAAUUUUUUGUUGUUGUAGGUUUUGUUUGUAUGCACAGCAAAUGUUACAGAUAUGAUUCCGGGUCCUUUGCUAGAUAGAAUGGAGGUUAUUACACUGGCAGGGUACACUACCGAUGAAAAAAUGCAUAUUGCUAGAGACUAUUUGGUGAAAAUUGUCAGCGGAAAAUGUGGCAUUAAGCCUGAGCAGGUUGAUUUCAGCGACACGGCUCUUCUUUCCUUGAUAGAAAACUACUGCAGAGAAGCAGGAGUUCGAAAUCUUCAAAAGCAGAUCGAGAAGAUUUUUCGUAAGAUUGCUCUUAAACUUGUACGCCAACGAGCCCCCGCUAAGACCGAUUUAGAGUCCUCCGCAGAAGGAUCCAUUGAGCAGAGCACAGAGGUAGCUGAAAAGUUUAUGAUUAAUGAAUCAAAUCUUGCAGAUUAUGUAGGCAAACCGGUUUUCCGAGGAGAGAAGAUCUAUGAGCAGACGCCUGUCGGGGUUGUAAUGGGUCUAGCUUGGACAUCCAUGGGCGGUUCAACAUUGUACAUAGAGACAACCUUUGUAGAAGAAGGGGAAGGCAAAGGUGGUCUUCAUAUAACGGGUCACCUUGGGAGUGUGAUGAAAGAAAGCGCAGAGAUAGCUCAUACAGUUGCCAGAAGAAUAAUGUUUGAUAAAGAUCCCAAUAACCUCUUCUUUGCGAAUUCUAAGCUUCAUUUACAUGUUCCUGAAGGAGCCACACCAAAAGACGGUCCAAGUGCAGGCUGCACAAUGAUCACAUCUUUGCUGUCACUUGCCAUGAAGAAGCCUGUAAGAAAGGAUCUGGCAAUGACCGGAGAAGUCACUCUGACCGGUAGGAUUCUUCCAAUUGGCGGCCUUAAGGAGAAGACUAUGGCUGCAAGGAGGAGCCAAGUGAAGGAGAUAAUAUUCCCGGAGGCUAACCGAAUAGAUUUUGAGCAUCUUGAAGAAAGCUUUAAAGAAGGGCUCGAUGUUCAUUUCGUCGAUGAAUAUGAGCAGAUCUUUGAGCUAGCCUUUGGCUAUGAACAAUAGAAGUCAGUUCCACAAGUCACUUUUACUUGGGAUGAACUCGUUUUUUUUACUAUAUACUAUUGAUAUGUAAUUUAUAGGGUGAUCUUCUAACGUUUCUUGAUUUAUCUUACCAUUAUUAUGUAUGUAUUUCUUACAACAGGAUGAACUAUAUAAGAGCCAAUUCAAUUAGCUACCUCUUUCACUGCACUGUUCAAGUUACUUCUUAGUCUGUUUUUUUUUUUAAUGUAGUUCUCAUAUUCUUGUAAUUGCAGUUUUACAUGUGCUAAUUGUGCUGUGAUUUAGGAUUAUUAUGCAACCGUAAUUUAUGAUUUUCAUGCGGCUCUUUGCAUGUAAAUGGAAAGAAGCGUGCACUAACGAAUCUAUGAUUGAAGAAAGAUUCUAAAACAACAUUGAACAAAUCUCCAAGAACACACAAUUGGAGAAGAACUCAGAAACUAGAUGAAGAAGAUGACCUAACAACCCUCGAUAAAAUUUAACACAGAACUGAUAAAAUUUAUUAAUUUAUCUUGUCUAUUACUUUAUUGAAUAUUAAUUAUAUAUUUUAUAUUGUAAUAAGAUUCACAAAUAACAAACAGUAUAAGAAAUGGCUUAUUGGCAUGUAUAGAGAUAACUAAAUUUGCUUCAUUAACCGAAGAAAUUUUCAAAUUUGAGAAGGCCAAAUAGUAAAUACAUGAAACAAGAGCUUCAGAAGUAGUAUAU